GCCCGGAAGCCUACAAUUGAAACCGUUACUAGCCCCGCCCCUAACCGGCUGCACGGAUUGGGCAAUAAGGCAGAGUUGCGCAGGCGCAGCCUUUCCUGAUGGCCCGCCCCGGAAAGGUCACGAGCCUGCUCCCGGAAGUGCUGGUGUUUGUAGCGGGCGUGAUGGCGUCAAGGUUACUUCGCGGAGCUGGAGCUUUGGCCUCCCAGGCCCUGAGGGCCCGGGGUCCAAAUGGAGUCUCCGUGGUGCGCUCUAUGGCGUCUGGAGGUGGUGUUCCUACUGAUGAAGAGCAGGCGACUGGGCUGGAGAGGGAGGUCAUGCUGGCUGCACGCAAGGGACAGGACCCAUACAAUAUACUUGCCCCAAAGGCAACCUCAGGUACCAAGGAAGAUCCUAAUUUAGUCCCUUCCAUCACCAACAAGCGGAUAGUGGGCUGCAUCUGUAAGUGCUUCUCUACUGUUUUCUCACCCUUUUGUUUGUUUGCUUAUUCAUUUUUUUGUCUGUGUAGAAUGUGGGAUCGUAGUUCCCCAACCAGGGAUGGAAUCCACGCCCCCUGCAUUGGAAGCACAGCAUCUUAACCACUGAACUGGCUGGGAAGUCUCUGUUUAAGUUUUUGGGUUUUUUUUUUUUAAUAUUUAUUUAUCUGGCUCUGCCAGGUCUUCGUUGUGACCGUCGGGAUCUUUAUUACCGUGUGUGAGAUGUUUUAGUUGCAGCACACAGGAUCUAGUUUCCUGACCAAGGAUGGAACCCAAGCCCUCUGCAUUGGGAGCACGGAGUCUUAGACACUAGAGCACCAGGAAGUCUCACCCAUUUGUUUAAUUUAAUAUCUGUUUAGUAUGGAGGAUGUCUAUUAGUUUUUUCACAUCUGUUGUCUGUGAAUGUAUAUAUGUAAAGAUACGUGGAUAAAUGUUUUAAAGGUUUUGACCCUCAGGCUCCUUGCCAAAGUAGGUCACCCUCACUGUAAAGAGGCCUGGAACAUCAAUAAUACUGCCUCAGUGGAGAGGUGGCGUGCAGAAAUAUUCAUCUAGAAAAUGCUGUACUUUCUCUUUGCCAGACACCACAUCAGGCAUUAGGUAUACAUGCCAAAAUAGACCCAACUUUGGGGGUCUACACAUGCAGGGAACUAUGAGAACCUAAUGAGGAACUGAUAAAGAGGUCAGUUUACUCACAGGUAAACUUGGCCACAGUUCCUUCAUCUGAAAAAUGGGAUCAGCUUGAACUGACCUUAAGGUGUCAACCAUAGCUUUAUUUGCAUCUC